UCUACUUAGGUAGCACCACUCUAAUUACGAUGGCACAAGUCCAUGGAAACUACGAUCCCAAAUUCGAAGAGUUGCGGAGGCUUUUCCAAAAAAAUCUGGAUUCCAAAGCUGACGUUGGAGCCUCCAUCACUGUGAAUAUAGACGGCAAAAAUGUUGUUGAUAUUUGGGGCGGAUACGUUGACGAAGAAUGCACCCGUCCAUGGGAGUCUGAUACUAUUGCCGGAGUCUGGUCAUGCACGAAGGGAGUCACGAGCCUUGCUCUUUUGAUGCUCAUCGAUCGCGGCUUAGUGGAUGCCAAUGCAAAAGUUGCUCAAUACUGGCCUGAAUUCGCGGCCAAUGGGAAGCAAGAUAUUGAGAUCCGACAUCUCCUGUCUCAUACUUCAGGCCUUUCAGCAUGGGAGGACAGGAUAAGCUUUGACGACUUGCCUAACCAAGAUGCUCUUGCAGCUAAGCUUGCAGCGCAGGGUCCUCUGUGGGAACCCGGCACAGCUUCAGGAUAUCACGCAGUCACUUUUGCAGUGUUGAUAGCCGAAGUCUUGCGACGCGUUACAGGCAAGACGUUAAAACAGUUCGUCGCCGAGGAGAUUGCAGGUCCGUUGAACGCUGAUUUCCAGAUUGGCCUCUCGGACAAAGAUAUUCCUCGCACGAGCAACGCCAUUGCGCAUAAAGACAAACCGACAACUCAGGCUAUGCCCGAACCAGGGUCAAUUUUAUUUAAGACGCUCACCAAUCCUGUCUUCAGUCCAAAUUUCAUCAAUACUGAAAAAAUCCGAAAGGCAGACCUCGGUUCUUUCAAUGGAUUUGCAAAUGCUCGCGCAUUGAAUCGGAUCUACUCUGUCCUAGCGCUCGGUGGUGGAGUUGACGGGGUGCAGCUACUGUCUCAAAAGACGAUUGACCUCAUCUUCCAAAAGCAAUCGGACGGCAUAGAUUUAGUAAUGGGACAACCUGUGAGCUUUGGCAUUGGGUAUGGGCUCGGAGGUCGAGGUGCUGCAAGCUUUAUGCCAACUGGGAGAGUUGGCUUUUGGGGAGGCUGGGGUGGAUCGAUAUUCGUCUUUGACGUCGACAGGAAACUCACAAUUACAUAUGCUAUGAAUCAGAUGUCACAUAAAAUAAUGGCACAUGGGAGAGAUGGAGAGUACGUGACGGCUGUAUAUAAAGCUUUGGGAGUACUGGAAUAGUGGCUCUUCGCCAAUUCAUGUAGUAAGUAAUACUCGUUACAGACAACUAAAUUAAUUUUUACUGUCGAA